UAGAAGACAUGUAAUCUAUACUAAACGAUGUCAACUCCCUCUCCGGACCCCCAAAAGGGGGAGCUUGCCUACCAAUCCAGCGAAACUAGCGACCGUGGUUUGCUCGCUCAUGUCCAUACUUGCACGUGUUCUGAUAAACCAUCCACCGAGAACACAAAGAAUGAAAAUACCCACGUGCAUGCUGGUGUACGAUCUGGUAGUCUACAACAAAUUGUAAAUAUUAAUCAUGCAGUAGCACAUAGUCACUCGCCAAAGAUAGGACACGCUCCCAAAAUAAAAAGCGUUAGUUGUAGAUGCCAUAUACAGGACGACUGUGAGAAUAUAGGAGAAUUCAAUCAGACGGAACAGGGGAGAAAAAAUGAGGCUGAUGAUAGAAUAGAAGUUUCACCACUUCCACCCGCCUUGCCACCGAGACCACCGCCUAGACCUAGAUAUGAUGGAAGUCUUAGUUCGAGGUAUCGAUCGCGAAUAUCAAAUCAUGGCGGUGGAGGGGGUAUCAGAAAAUAUGUCUUCUGGUGCUGUGCCUGCGGAGGAUUAUCCACAAUUCUGGGAGCUUUAUUUUUGGCUGUUUAUUUUCUUCUUCGGUCCUAUACUUCCACUCUUGGUUAUUUUGAAACGAUACCAACGUUUGUGCCUGCAACCAUGUUAAUGUUAACAGGAAUUUGUGUGAUGAGUCUAGCCAGAAGAAAAAAUCGUUAUAGUUAUUUGAUUAAAGUAUGUGGUCUUUGUUGCUUGGUAUGUGCCUUAACCUGCGUAUUAGUGACAAUUACAACAACGGUCAUCCACAUGAACAGAUUACAAACGCUAAGAGAAUGUGUCUACACUCAAAAGACCAGAACAUGUACCUGUUAUUCUGUAUUGUUAGAAGCUCACGCGGUUGCUGAUGAGGGAAUGAGAUAUGUUUUUGAUUCAACUCCUGAUUGUGAAGUCAUCCAUGGUGCACUGUACUCAUGCCUUAGAGCCAUGUUUGGAUUAUCCGUUAGUGGAAUAUUAGUUUGUAUUUUUUCCUGUAUGCUAGUCUACCAGCUUUUAAGUCACGAGAAGAAGAAAAUGUACUGGGAACAACUUGAACUUCGAUGCCGAUCGUUUUAUCAACAGCAUUCUGGACCGCCCAGCAACCAUGGAUCUGUAAGGGGUCCUCCCAUGCCUCCAUCUACAUACUGCAGUUGCUGUGAGGAAUGUCGGUAUCCAUCCAUUACAACUGGUCCACAGGUUUAUCCGUGGGAUAACCACAUUACUAACGAGAGGUUUUGGACUCCAGGUAGAGUUGGUAACUUUUAUUCUCCAAACCCAGAAGAUAAUACUCCAAAUAUUUCUGACAAUCAUAACAAUAGAAUAAGAUCGUUAAGUGGCUGGAGUUGGAGGAGAUUACCUUGGAGUAGGAGUAAUGUUGGACAAAAUAACUCCCAAAGAGACAAUUCGAUAGCAUACCAAGGAGGUGCUAGCAGUGCGGACAGUCAAUAUGGAUUCAGUAACAGAUCAGGAGGAGACACUAAUAUGCAAGAUCAAAUAGCGGGUUCGACAGGAUCGUAUAGUAUUUUAGACAAUCGGCCGCCGCCUGGAGGGGUAUAUGUUUGGGGACCUCCACCUCCGUAUUCGAAUCCAAAUUCUCCAGCUAGAAGACCUAUUCAAUCUCCAGGAAGAUACCAUCACAUUCAUCACCAUUCCCAUGGACACGAAUCUCAUUGCCAGAUGAACGAAAACAGUCAGUUCAGUAGAACCUCCCGCCGGACUAGACCUCAUUUUAAUAACAAAGAUAACUAUGAAAAUACCACGGAACCCGAAAUUCAUCACGGAAAUGAUAACAAUGAAAGUACUGAUACAUCUAGUUGCGUAGAAAGAGUUUCACAUACUUUACCCGUUAGAAAAAUAAAGAAAAGAACUGAUAUAGCUUCGGUGAAGUCAAGUAUUCAACCUAGUACACGAACCAAUGUUCAGUCUGUAUUUAACCAGACCAAUCAAGAAGAGGAUAAGAAGGAAGCUGAGCAUAGUUAUCGGGAACCAGCUUUAGCAGAAUCCAAAGCUAAUGAUAAUCCGAAAUGUAGAUUUCUUCCAAGAUUACAAGGAGUAGAAAAUGCAGCUUUUCAAAAGCAAGAAACUAGUCCCCAAAAACCUGAACCGAGCGAGUCAGAGGUGUAUUUUGCUGACGUAAGCAGUUGCUGUAAUAUUUCUGUUAGAAACGAUGGACAAGAUUCUUCUUUGUAUGAUGAAGCUUUGGAAACCCAAAAGCCUAGGUUAAUUUCUUUACAAAAGCCAGAUCCCAAAGACGUGAAUACCACUCAGCUAUUACAAACGUUUCAAGAAAACAUUUCGUCCUCUACUGUAACGGAAGAUGAAGAUUAUUUGGCACAUAGAAUGGGAAAUCGACAAAUGUCCACCAGAAGUCGAAUGCCGUUCCCUUUGCCAGAUUCUAAUGAUAUGGAAUUUAGUGCUGAUUCAUGUUUACAACUCUUACCUAAAGAUAUUUCCCAAAAUAGUUUAUGUAGUAGUGUACAAACUCCAUUGACUGAAACAACGGAUGACACAAUUUCCCCUGAUGAAUGUUGUAGUUAUUUCCAAGAUAAAUCAUGUGAUCAAACACCCAAACAUAGAGCCUUUUCUGGUUCUUCCUUGGAUCACUAUCUCGCUCCAGAUGCUCAAUAUGAAGUUAUUCCAGAACAGGAAAAUUAUCACCAAAACUCGAGCAAUUUGACCAACACUAUAUCAACUUUAAAUUAUGAUCAAAACUAUUAUAACCAGAAUAAAGUCAAUUUUGGUUACAAUAACUCUGGAGGUAAAAAUGUACCACCAAAAACCUUAAAUCUAAACCAACAAGCAAGAAGAAAUUUAGGUUCCAAUAUAUCUGCCCUAAUACAGAAUUUAGGUGGAAAUCCUGCUGGAUUACUCUACGGUGACGCUACAACAGAAGAUGAGGCUCAAGUGCAAGGUUGUCACAGUGAUGGUACGAUGGAUUCGGGUUGGCAAAGUGGUUCUGAAAAAACUGAAACUCGUAAACAAGAAGAAGAAGAAGAAGGUGUUCAUAAACCGGUCAAAGUGUAAUUUGUAAUAAAUAAAGACUAAAGUGCGUUACAAGUUGUUGAAGUUAAGACGGGACCAAGUAAUUUAUUACGUUGGCUUAUGUUAAAUACGAAAAUGGCAGUGCUGAUGUAUGGACAGAUCAAGAUGUAUUUACUUUGUCGAAAAAGAGAUUAGAAAAUUAUAAUGUUAAAUAAAAUUUAGUUGAAUUUGCU